AACAGACGCCAAGAUGAUGAUGAUGCAGAAACCACUGCUGCUGCUGGCUGCUCUGACUCUCUGCUGCUGCAUCACCUCCCUGCACGCUUUUCGCAGGCGGGGGUGUCACUGCAUCCGGACGACCAAAGAGCAAGUCCCUCGAAGGUGCAUCAGGAAGAUUGAGGUGAUCCCUAUUUCGGGAGAAUGUCGCCGGACUGAAAUCCUGAUCACAAGGAGAAACGGCUACACAGUGUGUGUGGACCCGAAAGAGAAGUGGGUCCAGGAGCUGCUCGCAAAACUGUACAGUGAAAACGAGACCUCGAGUGGAACCAGCACUUCAACCGACGCUUAUUCAAAAGGAAACUUCUGAUCACAUCCUGUGGCGUCAUGUGACUCGAGGGAUUAACUGCAUGAGAGUGGAUAUGUGGUCUAAGUUAAAAAAAGGGCAUUUUUCUACUUCACAUUUGUCUAUUUUGCCAUUUUAUCAUCAGAAAAUGUGAUUUGA